GAGUGUCUGCUGGAGCCACGAAAUGCCAUACAAUUGCUUGAGAUUGCUGAUUCUCUUGGAGCAGAUGAUUUGAAGAAAUAUUGCGAGGACAUUGUCAUGCGCAAUCUUGAUUAUAUAUUUUCAGUUUCAGCACAUGCUGUAGCAAGUGCCUCACUAGAUAUUUUGGCGAGCCUCGAAGGGUUGUUAGACCAGAGAUCAUCCGAGGCAUGGAGUUACCGUCGACUCCCUACUCCAACUGCUAUACUCCCCGUCACCAUUGACAGUGAAGAGGAAGAUGAAAAAGUUCCUGAUUCCGCUGGAGCAAAAGUUAACGGUGAAUCCGGAAAGAAGGGCUAUGUUGGGAUCCACAGUUCAGGAUUCAGAGACUUUCUUCUAAAGCCAGAGCUUCUACGGGCUAUUGUGGAUUCAGGAUUUGAGCAUCCUUCUGAAGUACAACAUGAAUGCAUACCUCAAGCAAUCUGGGGAAUGGGUGUUUUAUGCCAAGCAAAAUCUGGAAUGGGAAAAACUGUUGUUUUUGUUUUAUCAACUUUGCAGCAGAUUGAUCCUAUUCCAGGCCAAGUUUCUGCUCUUAUUCUGUGUCAUACAAGGGAAUUAGCUUACCAGAUAUGCCAUGAGUCUGAAAGGUUCAGCACCUACUUGACUGAUCUCAAGGUUGUUGUCUUCUAUGUUGGUGUCAACAUUAAAGUUCACAAGGAUCUGUUGAAAAAUGAACGUCCCCAAAUUGUUGUUGGUACACCUGGAAGAAUACUAGCAUUGUCCAGGGAUAAGGACCUUUCUUUGAAGAAUGUCAGGCAUUUCAUUUUAGAUGAAUGUGAUAAGAUGCUGGAAUCACUUGACAUGAGGAAUGACGUGCAAGACAUUUUCAAGUUGACUCCCCACGAUAAGCAAGUUAUGAUGUUUUCUGCAACGCUCAGCAAGGAAAUCCGCCCGGUCUGCAAAAAACUUAUGCAAGAUCCCAUGGAAAUUUAUGUUGACGACGAAGCAAAGUUGACCCUUCAUGGUCUUGUUCAGCACUACAUCAAAUUGAAGGAGGAGGAGAAAAAACCGGAAGUUGAAUGAUCUUCUUGAUGCA